GGCUUGCUGGGAGUUCUGGACCGCUGGGGGGUGCCCGCGCUGCAGGCCUGGGUGGCACGCUGCCCGGCGAUCGACAUUCCGCCUUGCCCCGCGCGCCCGGCAUGCCCGCCGUGCCCUGGGGCGACCGUGGGCGCCACUGCGAGCUCGGUGGCCUUCGCCUGCCUGGCCGGAGGCCUUGCCGGGGCCGCGUUCGGCGCCCUGGGCGCGAUCGCGGCGCUGCGCCUUUGGGGGCCGCUCCGCUUCACCGCCGAGUCAGAGGGCAAGGUCGCGGCGCGGGCUGCGUGGGCCUGGGUGCUGCACAACGUGGCAGGCGCGCCGCUCUUCCACCAGAAGAGGGUGGCGUGGCAACUGGCGUUCACGGAUGACGUCGUCAUCGUCACGCCCGACGACAUGGUGUACGCGGAGAGGUUGUUGGCUGCGGGGCCGGACAUCGCCGCGGUGCGCUUCUCGGCGGCGAGGUGGCCGCCCCCUCCGGGGAUCGCUCCCGAGUCGACCUACAGGUUCGGGGGGGCGCCCUCGGCGGCUCGCGAGGCUGCCUGGCUCGCCGCGGCCCUCGCCGAGGCGGACGCCGAGUUCGCGCGGCGGCACCCUGGAGCUCUGCUGCCUGCGGGAGGGGCGCUCCUCCCGAUGAGCGGUGGGCUGCUGCCUGGGGCGGCCGCGCCCGCGGCGGCGGUGCCAGCCGCCGUGCCGGCGCCUGCGGGCUGGGCGUGGGUGGUGGCCGAGGACGUGGAGUCGUUCUGCUUCGGCGCGGCGGUGCAGGUCGGCCCGAUCUCUGGCAUCGUGCUGGCGGCGAGGGCCGGCAGGCCCGGCACCCUCACGCUGGGCGCUGGCGCGUCGGCGGUGGCUUUCAUCCUCGAGGACUGGAGGACCGACCCGCGGACGACGGCUUGCCUCCCUGGCAGCGUGGGCCCGCGCAGCUGGCUCUCCGCCACCGAGUCCGCGAGGGAGGUGGUGGAUCCACUCUUCGUGCUGCAGCCUCGCUCGGCCGCCUGGCGCGUGUCCUGGCUGCUGCGCGAUGGGGGGGCCCAUCCAGUAUCGCGAGAGUUGGAAGGCGCGGAAGCGGCUCUAUAUGGCGUCGCGGAGCACCACGCGCUGAGCACGGUGCUGGGGGACCUCGCGACGGUCGACGAGGUGAACGCGGCGAAUCUCGUGGGCGUCGAGAGGCCCCUGCGGAGGAUGCAGCUCAUCGAGCAUUUCUGGGGGGGGAAGCAGCGCGAGCAGGAUGCAUCGCUGCAGAAGUUGCCGCAGGAGGAGGUCAGCGCCUUCAUGGGCGGGACAGGUCCCUCCAGCCGCUCGAGCAGCAUGGUCUGCCCUGCGCUUCUCGACGCGGUUGGCAAGGAGCUCGAGCGCGCCAGUCAGCUCAAGAAGAAUGUUCGGAAGCUUCGAGAAGAAGCGAAGGCCGCCCCCGGGGCCAAAGCCGGAGCGGUGGAGUCGCUCAGCGAUCUCAGCGGCGCCGGGGGGGCGGGGGCUGGCUGCUCGCUGCCGCUUGGCGACGCGACGCUGGCGCAGCAGCGCUGCCUGGCGCGCAUCGCGGGCGCCGUCUCUCAGCUGGGCCCCCUGCCGGGCGACCUCCAGCCUUUGGCAGCCCUGCAGGAGCUCCGGGCUGCUGCGUCCUACGACGGCAUGCUGUCGACCAGGGCGGAGGCGAUGGACGUCUCCCGGCUCUCGUUACCGCUUCCAGGUAACUGUCCUGUCUCGCUGGAGCGGCUCCUGGAGUCCGAGGUCUCUGAUACCGUCUAUCGUGAUAUCUCGGAUAAGGUCUUGCCAAAAACCGAAACUUCGCAGUUGAAGUGGGGCGUUGGCUCCAGGAAGCCCUACAUGGAUCCGAUUGUUCGGGGCCGUCGCCAGUGCGCCACGCCGGUGCUUCGGUUGCUGGAGGCCGGCGUGAUCGACCUCGUCGGCGACCCCGGCGAGGUGGUGGAUGAGGCGGGUCUCUUCAGCGCGCCCAGGAAGAGUGGGCGGCAGCGGCUCGUCGUGGACGCGCGGCCCGCCAACUUCUGGUUCAGCGACCCAGCGGACGUGCGCCUGGCCACGGGUUCGGCGCAGGCGGCGAUCGAGCUGCCCGAUGGCGCGAGCCCGUGGGCGGCCUCUGCAGACAUCGCGGACGCCUCCUACAACAUAGAGCUUCCGCACGUUUGGCGGCCUUACUUCGCGCCCCCGCCGAUAGACGCGCGGUGGCUGGGGCGAGAGGCCGACCACGGGCAGGAGCAGCCUCGGCUGCUGCGGCCGCGUCUUGCGGUGUUGCCCAUGGGAUGGGCCCGCGCGCUGGCCGUCUGUCAGCGGGUGUCGGAGUCGGCUGCUGAUCGGGCGGGGUUGGCGGCUGCGACGAGGGUGGUGGGCCGCCAGGUCUGCCCAGGCAUGGCUGGCGGUGCCCACCUCGAGUACGUCGACAACUUCGCCUCGCUCUCGCUGGAUCGUGACACCACCGAGCAGAUGAAGAACGACAUGGUCGCGACGCCGCGCGAGAGCGGGCCCCCCGUUCACGAGGAGGAGAGCGCGGCCUUGCACGCGCAGCUGCUGGGCUGGGUCAUCGACGGCGAGCGCGGGUCAGCGUCUCCGACCCCGCGCAGGGCGCGGCGCCUGAUCCUCGCCACGCGGGCCCUCUUGGAUAUGCCGAAGGUCUCGGCGCAGCAGGUGAGGCAGGUGGUCGGGCACUACGCUUUCGUCUUGAUGGUCAUGGGGCCGCUGCUGUCCAUCUUCUCUGGCCGGGGCGAGUCGCGCGCGCGGACGCCUGCCCCUCGGGAGCAGCUCGCGAUGCCCCCGGGGCCCAACGAGAGCCUCAUCGGCACCGAGUCGCCGUCGAGGCCGAACGACCUCGGUAGCUCGCAGGCCCCCGCGAAGCCCUUGGACAUCGCGAAGUCCGACAGCUCGAUCGACGCGAAUCGGAAACCUCGUCGCCCUGAUGUCUUCAAAAUUCCAGCGACGGACCACUUGCAGACUACUGGCUUCGAGCCUCUGGAGGGCAGCUCCUCGCUGCCGAGGAUGGCCCGCAUCUGCCGCCAGUGGCCCGCCCUCGCCGUUGCGGGCGGCAUCAGCGCGGCGCUGCGCUGGACGCCGUCGGAGGCGAACCCAGCGGACCUGCCGUCGCGCUGGCCCCUUCGCACAGGGGCGCGGCUCCAGUGGGGCGCAGUCGCCAGUCUGGCCGCCGCCCAGGAGCCCUGCCCUCCCGGCGGCGAGGGCGCGGGGCGCCACCCCGCCGCCUCGGCCGCCGGCGGCGGCCCCCACCUCGGCGAGGCCGACGCGGAGUUGCCGCGGGCGCCCGCGGCCGCCUCCCUGCGCGCUUCUGCGGGCCACGUGCUGAGAGCCCUCUCGGGGAAGGUCGCCACGAGGACGAAAAACAUGCACCUGUGGGAAGAGUUCACGUCGUGGCUGGCGACCGCGUCGUUUGCGCCGAGCACCGAGACGGCCGACGACCUGCUGGCGCAGCGGAGGGACCAGCAGCAUGCCCAAGGCUGGCACCCCGAGCGGGGCGCGCACAUGCUGGCGGCGCUGAAGCCCAUGAUGCCGCAGUUCGUUCGCGGGGGGCUGGGGCUGCCGAAGGCGCUGCAGGUCGUCGCCCUCGUCGCAGCGCGGCUGAUCGACGUGGGCCAGGCGCUCGCGGCGAUCCACGCGCGGGUGGUCUUCGCGGGCUACCAGGUAGCCCGCGAAG